GGCCAACCGCCAGCGUGCAUCACUAUUGAGGCCACAGUGCAGCUGCAAAAAUGCCAAUAUUGUGUCUUUAUAUAGAACUGCGGCUUUGGUAACUCCAGAGCUGCAAUAUCUUAGUGAAAAUACUGUUUUUAAACAGGUGUAAGUAUAACUGUAAACAAGAAUUACCCCAGAACAGCUGAGUGGUUGUAGUUUUUAGUUGUUUUCGACGCGUUUCCUAUGGACUGUUUAUAAACAGCUAGUUAGCAUUCAUAGCUAAAAAUGGUAGUGUUUGUGUGACGUGUGCCCAGAGCUGUCAACAAUGGCACCAUAAGGUGGAGAAGCUCUGAUGUGGCAGCAGACAGACUGAGAGGAAUGGCAGCAGUAACCAUGUUGUCUCAUUAGGCUGGCUGUGCAUUGGAGGUUUACAGUUAAUAAUGUCAUACAGUAACAGAGAGCUGGUGGAGUUCUUCAUAAGCUACAAACUGUCUCAGAGGAACUAUCCAACCUAUGUGCUGAGGUCAGAGGAUGCUGGUGAAAGGACUGAGGGAGACAUGGAAAACUCUGCUGCCAGUAAUGGCUUUUUGGUCAACAGCAGGAACCGGGCCGGCCAGUCAGUGAUGUCAUCAUCCCCACACACCGACAUAGAGGCUGUAAAGGCAGCUCUUCUGGACUCUGCAGAUGAGUUUGAGCUUCUCUUUACGCAGGCCUUUAGUGACCUUUCCUCGCAGCUUGACAUUACUCCCAACACAGCCUAUCACAGCUUUAAGAGUGUGAUGGACGAGGUUUUCAAGGAUGGAGUCAACUGGGGGCGUAUAGUAGGCCUGUUUGCCUUUGGCGGUGUACUGUGUGUGGAAUGCGUCCAGAAGGAUAUGGGUGAACUGGUUUCCCGCAUCGCAGGCUGGAUGACUACGUACCUGGAUGAGCACAUUAGUGCAUGGAUCGAGAGCCAGGGAGGAUGGGACUGCUUUGUUGAAAUUUUCGGACGGGGCGCUGUUGGAGAAGUGAGGAGAUCUCGGGAAACUCUCACCAGAUGGCUGCUAGUUGGAAUGGCGCUGCUAAUGGGAGUCGUGGUUGGUGUUUACAUCGCUAAGAAACAUUAAAGGCACUCCAUCUCAUCUGCUGUGGCACACCUUGUGUAAUGCUACGCACAUAAAAAGAAAAGGCAAGGCAAGUUUAAUCAUAGAGCACCAUUCAUACAUAGAGCAAUUCAAAAUGCUUUACAUAGGUAAAAACAAACUAGAACUCAAAA